AGAAACAUUGUAAUUUCUAUUCCACGUAUACAUUUUUUCUAUUUUUCUAUUUUAACGAUUUUAUAUACUCGUCACACAAAGCGAAUUGUCGACAUUUAUCGACGUACGUGUCUCUUCUGCGCAAUAAAACCUGAUUUUUUUAACAUUUUGCACUUUGUACGCGAUGUGUGCGCGCACUUUCUUUGUUAUCGCUAUUCAAAAGAUAUGUCCCCAUCUGUGUGUUGAACACACUCGUGAAUUGGUAAACAUCGGAAACACGCGUGCGCGCGAGAUUUUUGUCUGUAUAUUAAAUACCCGUCGCGUCAAAUUUUGCAAUCAUUGUCACGCGCGGUUUUAAAUCCAAAGAACUUCGUAAAGCGCGCGCGCAACAAGUAAUAAACAGCCGCUUGGCUUCACUAACGUCGUCGCAUAAAAUAUUGCUGAGUAGUCCGCUUCAUUGUCUGUUACAAAGAACACGCGCUGAUCAUUCUUUCUUCGUUUACGAUGUUGUUGCGAAUUGUCAACGUUCUUGUUCUGUGCGUUCUGAUUAGCGAGGCGCGCAUCACAAACGAGAGGUAUGCGCGCUGGCAAGAAUUCGAGGAAUUCGUCGAAUGGAAGAGAACAAAAAGGGACCAACAGAUCAGCGGCGUCAAGUUCUCACCGCGUUGGUUCAGUAUCAAUUCUAAUGACGAUGAUCCGAAUCCACCGCCACCUGCUGCCGCGGCGGCGAUGGCAAGAUACGUCGUUAAUCAAGCGGAGUGGGCUGCAAUAGCGACUAUAAGCACGCGUAAGGACAUCGCAACGUUUCCUACUGCGACUUUGAUUUCGAUCAGCGACGGACCUCUCGGAAGUGGAACUGGCAUACCUUACAUGUAUCUUACUCCUCUUGACUUUACCGCGCAAGAUCUUGCUAAAGAUCAUCGCGCUACCCUCUUGAUGUCGCUGGCACAGGGAAGCUAUUGCAAGUCCAAAGACAUGGACCCGAUGGAUCCGCGUUGCGCUAGGAUUAUGUUAACUGGAAAAGUUACACCCGUGAAGAGCGGAACCGACGAGCACGAAACUGCAAAACAAUUGUUCUUCAAUCGCCAUCCAAAAUUAUCAAAUAUGCCCGCCGAUCAUAAAUUCUUUUUCGCCAAGUUGAAGAUAUCAACGAUUGCUUUGCUCGACGCCUUCGGUGGACCGAAAUAUAUAAGUGUAGAGGAUUACUUCAACGUGACAUCGUAAUAACAAAUUUUAUCAAAAAAAUGUUGUU